AUGCGUAGCUACUGGUUAGCUUGGCUGAACAAACAUAUUUUGGUGGCUGAUGGGAUCAGCCGGAAAAGAAUGUUCACCAUAUUUGGUGGGAGCAAAAACCCCGAAGAGAUUCGAGCUAUUGUCAUCCUUCUGUUCAGCCAUUUUCAUCAUCAAGCGGAGUCCUCUCCAUGUAGUAGGGAGUCUACAUUCCAGGCAGGAAAACAAGAUCACGGGACCACAAGAAAUAAGUUCCCUCAAAUUGGACUGGUACAGAAGACACCAGAAUCCACCACGAGUGCUACCCUGAAGGAGAUCCACUGUCCGUACUUGUCUCAGCAGGUGGAGAGGAAGCUACCGCCGAUAUACAAAAUCCGAGAGAAGCAAGCAGCAAACAAAAGUUUCCCCUUCUCUGUGCAUGACAAUCGCUACAGUUUUGAGAACUCUGGAUACUAUUUUGACUAUGGCUUGGGACGCAAGAAGACCUCACCAGAGAGAAGGCAACACAUUUCUAGGAACUUCAAUCUCUGGGCCUGUGACUUCAUCCCGUCACAUCUUGAUGGCCUUUCAAAUAACAGAACAUCAUACGUACAUAAGGAAGCCAUGGUCAUCUCAACGUUCCGACGCUUCCCUAGAUGUUACGACGAAAAAUGGAGUGCCUUCAAGUUUGUUCCCAGGAAAGCCUACACAGAGUUUUUGGAAAACCAGCCAAAUGAGGAGUUUUCUGUUGACACAGAGGCUGUCUCUCCACGAGCCCGAUUAGAAGAUUAGAAGAUUCUUGAUGAAGUUUGUGAUGUCAUCUCAUCAGGCAUUCAUAAAGUAUAUCUCUAAUCCAACACUUUUGAGAUUUUCAUAAAGUUGAAUAUAUUCAAAUUCUUACCAAGCUGUGCAAAGCUAUACACACAUGUAAAUAAACUGCCAAGAUUGUCACGUUUACCUUUGGGGGAGUUAAAAAUUGUGUACUUCAUAUAUGAUUAAAUUUUCAUUCUGAGAUUCCAAACAAUGCAGAGGAGGCAAAAACCCCCUCGUUUCUCUUUUAACUCCAACCCUUGUCCUGUCAUUAAAAGUGAUUCAACUACUUGCUUGAAUUCAAUGCAUGUGCAUCCAGACAUAUGCAUAUAGAUACAUAAAACCUUGAGCGGAUGCUACGUCUCACCAUAUGUAACAUUUCAUAGCUCAGUUUUGCUAUCUAGCCAUGUACUUUGGUUUUCUUUCAACAUCAUAUAUAGCUUGAUUUCUUUUCUUAAGAACUAGGUGAUGGGCUAGAGAGACGGCUUAGUGGUUAAGAGUGUAUACUCUUCUUGCAAAGGAAACUCAUUUGAGUCUCAGCACUCACACUGGACAACUCAGACCACCUGGAACUCUAGCUCCAAGGGAAUCUCAUGAAUUCUGGCCUCACCUAUACCCAUGUGCACCACCCCCUACACACAUAAAAAUAAUAAUGUGAACCUUUAAAAAGUUUUUAGAAAGAACUAGUCAUGCUUUAUAUCCAAGUGUGGGUGCCCACUAUGUUUUUAGAAAUUUAGAUUUUCUUUUUACUAGGCAAUUGGACUGCUAAUAACUUUUGGAGUCCUUCUACAGCAACUGUGGUCUCAUAGACAGAAUGCUCUGUGGAUACGUUAGAUCAGCCUCUUUGGGUGCAUGCUUGUGUGUACCUCAGAAGCAUAUAACAAAAGUUGAACUCAUGGGUGUGGAAUUGGAUAGAAUACACAAUCCAACAUCAUGACUAAACUGCUUUGGAAAGACUGGGACCCAUUAAUCCCCUGCCAAUUGUAUCUGUGAGUUUGCAUUUUUCUCCCCUCCCAUCAUCUUUUGGGUGUUUAUAGGUGAAAAGACAAUGAUUUUGCUUCUAUUUUCCCUUUUCUUCUUUGCACAUGUAUGUGUGUGUUGUGUGUGUUUGAGU